UACACAUUAUUCCUAUAUUUAAAGUUCAUGAGAUAAUUAAUAUCAAUUAAUCUUAUAUAAAUACGUUUAAAACAUGCAUAGAAUUUUAACAAAAACGUUCUUUUAAUGUGAAAUAUUUUAUUUUUGAUUGAUAUUAAUUUAUUUGUUUUCAAAAAUCAAUUCAUUAUUUAUUUGUUUUAGAAUAAUGUCUGAAUGGAAUUUAUAGAUGAAUUAUUUUUUGAAAUAUGGUAUAUAAUGUCAAUAGGUAACAAACAUGCCUCUUACUACCAGUAUUGCAAGCCUCCACCUCAGAGGAAAAAAACUACAGAGGGUUUUCGUAUGCAGAAUGCAACUGCUGAAGAGAUUUUUCAGACGCAAAAAAUUAACAUCAAAUCUUUAGAAAACAAAGUUGCAGAAUUAGGAAAACAGAUCAAAGAAUUAAAACUUGAGAAUAAAAAUUUGUGUAAAACAAACAUUCUUCAGGAAAAAGAAUUAAAGAAAACGAGUGAGAGUUCUUGUGGAAUAUCUUCUUUAAUGCGGUCUUACAAAGAGGAAAUAAGAGCUAUUCAAUCAAAAGCGUCUACUUUACAGGAUCAACUAAGAAUAACUGAAAAUAAUUUAAAGACACAAGAAAAGUCUGUUGCUAGAAAAAAUCAACAAAUUGAGAAACUUACUACAGCUAAGAGGCAAAAUGAAAGACUCAUUAAAGAACUAACUCUGGAGAAUAAAGAAUUAAAAUCUGAAAAAGAAAAAGUUGUUAAUGAAUCCAAAGAAUUGCUUGAACUGAAUAAUGAGUUUAAAUUAAAAAAUGAAGAACUACAGCAAAUAGUUGAAUUAAUGGAAUGUAAGGUUUCAACAUUAAAAGACAGCUUGGAAUCUGCUGAAAAUAACAAAUCUCAAAUGGAAGAAAAUCUAAAUAAACUUCAAAAGAGUUAUAAUGAGUUGGAACAAAAUUUUUCUUUGCCAAAGUCAUGCCCUACUUUAGUUGUAGCUGAAACUCAAACUGAUUGCAUUACCAGUAAAAUUAAUUCAUGUUCAGCAUCUGAUGGUGCGUCAAAAGGCUUCUUCAAAAAAAGUGAAGUUAGCAAUGAUGAAUUAAAAGCUAAUGACAAUUAUUGGGUUGAUGGUGAAAAUAUUAAAAUACAAGAAGAAAACUCUAUUUUAUCCUCAGACAACAUUUGCAAAGAUAAAUAUUCUGAGUUAUGUGCAUAUCAAAACCAAGUUUUAUCUAAUUUACCUUCACCAAAAAUUCAGAAGUGCUUACUUAAACCUAUUAAAUUAAGGACUCCACAUGCUAUAAAACCUAAAAAUAAUGGGACAGGAUUUCAUCCUGUACACUCUUCUUAUUCAUCCUAUAGCCCAUUUGCUUCUAACAGUAAUCUUUUAAGGUCUUCUAAUUUCUUACAGUCUAAUUAUUCAACCAAAAAUGCCAAAGCAGUGAAAUGUUUCUCUCAAAAAAUGUUUUAAAAAUUAUGUAUAUAUGUAUGCAAUUCGAAAUAAAGUUUUAAGUUCUGAUAAAGAACAAAAAAACU